UCCACUUAUGAUCUCAAGAACUCGGCGUUCCCAGCAAAAUAGUAGGUGACUGGCUUUUCUCCAGCUCUUACAGCCAAGAUACCGACUGCUGAGGGGAUCAGCUGACUAAGGCAACCAGACAUCUUCAUGUUCUAGAAGCACCAGCAAGGCCGGUCCCUCGCCAGCAUGAAGUUUUCCAGAUUUGUGAGCAUCCUCGUGCUAUUUGGCCUGUUUGCAAACGUCCAGGGACCUGGUCUAACUGACUGGCUGUUUCCCAGUAAAUGUCCCAGGUUCAGAGAGCAGUGUGAAUACAAAGAAAGAGACCUUUGUACCAGGGACAGGGAUUGCCAGAAAAACGAGAAGUGCUGCACCUUCAACUGCGGAAAGAAAUGUCUAAACCCCCAAGAAGAUAUAUGCAGUCUGCCAAAAGAAUCUGGGUACUGCAUGGCCUAUUUCCUUCGUUGGUGGUAUAAUAAGGAAAACAGCACAUGCCAACUCUUCAUCUACGGUGGCUGCCACGGAAAUAAUAACAACUUCCAAUCCCAAAGUAUAUGCCAGGAUGCCUGCGAAAAAAAAAGAUCGUGCCCAAGAGUUAGAGUGAAGUGUGAAGUUGAAGAGAGAAAUGAGUGCACGAGGCACAGACAAUGUCCGGACAAGAAGAUGUGCUGCCUGUUCAGCUGUGGAAAGAAAUGUUUAGACCUCAGACAAGGUAACUAA